AUGCUUGCUUGGGAGAAGGAUGAAAUGAGCCUCAUGUUCCACACUGUUCCUCUCAAGGGCCUCUUGCUGUUUGGAAGGACCCCAAAGAAAGCCCGCGAAAUGGAGCAACAGAUCCGCACACGUCAGGUGACUAAGGAGUAUGUGUGCCGAGUGGAAGGAGAAUUUCCAAGGGAACACAUUGAAUGCAACGAACCGAUAGAAGUAGUCAGCUACAAGAUUGGGGUGUGCAAGGUCUCACCCACUGGCAAGGACUGCCGCACCGAGUUCACACGACUCUCCUACAACGGCAAAACAUCAGUGGUGCUGUGCCGACCCCACACUGGACGUAUGCACCAGAUCCGAGUGCACCUUCAGUACUUAGGCUACCCCAUUGUGAACGAUCCCCUAUACAACCACACAGUCUUUGGCCCCAACAAAGGCAAAGGUGGCAUUGUUGCCAAGACAGAUGAGCAGCUGAUCCAAGACUUGAUCAAGAUCCACAAUGCAGAGAACUGGCUGGGGAUGGAUGGGGAUGCAGAAUACUCCAUGUUCAAGGGACGUGAGAAGACAGACAAUGAUGAAGAGGGAGGAUCCCAGCGCAACACGCCAAGCCCCAAGGAAAAGUCUCCUUCAGCCGCAGAUGCCCCACGUGUGACAUCUCCACCUGCCCUCAUUGCCCAGUCAGGCUAUGCUUCACCCAAAGCCCUCACUUCAUCACUAGACAUCCAACCCUCUAUGGUAGGAGCUGAAGCAGUCCCACCGAAGACAAUAAAUGGCUGCAGCAGUGGUCUUGUUGGAAGCGAUGGCCUUGGUGUGGUGUCUGCAGGAACCCAGACUAGUGAGGGAAGCAGAGACUAUGGCUACCAGCCCCGGCUCAUGACAGUCGAUGAACACUGCUAUGAAUGCAAAGUGAGAUACCGUGACCCUAAGCCCAGAGACCUUGUUAUGUAUCUCCAUGCUCUCAAGUACAUGGGACCAGGAUGGCAGUAUGAGACAAAGUUGCCUGAAUGGGCCUCAGAAGACUGGAAGGAACCUGAGGAUGACCAUUAGAAAGAGGAAGCCCUGAUUUUACAAUGAAGACCUGAAGAGAAAGACAGAAGUGA